CCUCAGAUGCUUUCAAAUUUGAACGCUAAAAUCAAUCAACUGCCAGACAAUACGUUAAGAGUAAUAUGGUACAAUUUUCCCUUUAUUUCAAUGACGUAGCGAUUAAUAAAUCGCUUAGAAUAUUUUAUACGUAGGCGCCACUACUUCGAGCGAUUUUUAUUUGAUAUAAUCAAGUAGUAGGUAAGCAAAGAAUCGAUAAUGUUUACUCCAUCAAAAUUAACGGAGAAAGAUUUUUUCGACGCGACUAUAUUAAAUACGCCACAACCGCAAGCAACCUCGACUGUUCAAAGAAAAAGCACAUUAGAAAGUCAUUAUAUUCAUAAGGAUGGUAAUGAGGCUGUAUAUAAACAAUUGAUUACACAGAAUAAUGAUAAAUCACGAAAAUCUGAUGAAUCUUCUCUUGGUAUAAUUAACAAUAUAUCAUCUUUGUUAGCUGAAGUAAGUGCAAUGGAGGAUAAAGAAAAGCAAAAUGAAAGUAAAAUGGACGCAGAACGUGAAAUUGCUAGAAGAUUGCUGCAGAGAUGUAGUGAUUUAAAACCUGUGUCUAAUAUAUAUGAUACAAACAAAGAAAACAAUGCUAACAUUCAAAACUUAUCUCCUAAUACUACAUCUUCAACUCAUGUUGACCAGGAACAAUCCUCAAGUUUCAGUCAAUCAAAUUCUCGAGGUGAAAGUACCUUGCAUGCAUCUGCUAGUAAAACAAAUAGCGUUGUUUUUGAGCCAAAUGAAAUAAGUGCACGCUCAUCUGGAUUAAGUAGGAGUUCAGAAAAAUGUAGAUCCUCCACAUCAAGCAAGAAUGUAAAUGCAAUAACAUUUGAUACAACAACUGCUGAAUUAAUGGCUCAAUUUAACAAUGAAGAGUUCCAUCCAGCUUCUGAAAUGGCUAGUCGGUUAUUGGCUGAUGAAGUAUCUUGGCAACAAAAUUAUUCUUAUGCACUUCCUACAACAACUUCUGCUGAAAAAGAAUAUUUAAAUUUGUCUUGCUUCUCUGGUAUCAUCGGUGAACUAGAUUUAUCAGUAGAGUCUUGUGCUGGACACAAGGUAUCUGUAGAUGAAUUUUUCAGAAGAAAAUGUGGAAAUUUUGGAGAAUUAUCGGAUAAUGCAAUAGCACGACCAAGUUUGGGUUUAUCUGUAACUAGUCCAAAAAAGAAAGGCCAGCUCAUACCUUUAGUUGAUUCUACCAUGAUGACGGAAGAAUCUUCGGUUGCUUCAUACGCUGUUAAAGAUAAUCCUCAACAAAAUAUACCAAAUACAACAAAAGAUAUAGAAGAACAAAGUAUUAUGAGUUUAACUAGUAUUGCCCAAGCAUUACAGGACAUCGAUAACGGUACGCCAAGACGAUUGGUAGACCAACUUAUAAUGGCAAAAAAGAAGAAGAAACCUGUACAAGUACAAGAAGAGAUUCCACCAAGAGAUACUUACACAUUAUUGCCUUCAAAUCGAAAAUCUAUGCCUGCUACUCCAAGUAGAAAUACUGAAAACUUUGAAAAAGAUAUAAAGUCGGCGAAUUUUUCUGCAAAAUUAUCUUUGGAUAGUAAAAUUGCGACCGAAAUGUUAGAUGUUAAACAUUCAAAUGCCAGAACACUAUCAUUCAGCUCUAACUCAGGUGCAAAGACCAAUUUUGACGCCGUGUGUCAAGAGCUUAAAAAGGAAAUAAGCAGUGAAAGUUUACCGUCUUCGUACAGUAAAGAUUUUAAUUCUCUUUUGGAAGAUCCUAAACUAUCUCUUCCACAUUACACUAUAGAAAAAAGAUCAUCACCACGUACUUCAAAAGUUAACAUGUUACUGAAUCAAGAGAAAAAAACCUUUGACUUUCAAAAUGAAGAAGUAGGAAAGAAAGAAACUGUAAAAGAAGAAAAUAUUUCGUAUAAAGAAAAAUCAGAAAAUUCUGUACAAGACAUUUCAAAUUUGUCUGAAUCGCAGUCCCAUUUAAAUAAUGUCGUCAUCGGUAAAAACACAGAAGAACUAUGCAAUUGCAUUGUAGGUAUGAUUAGAGAAACUGAUAUUGAACUUAUAAAUAAAAGUGAUAGAUGGAUCAUUUGUUCAUUAAGUGUGAAUCAAGUUCAAGGAGACAAGCACAAUGUUCGGCUUACAUUACCAAAGGAUGUGAUCCUUAUAAAACCAAAUUCGAAACAACAUGCUAAGAUUACAGUGACAAUAGUGAAAAUGAGCAAACCAAUUAUAGCUGUCUUAAAUAUAACAGUCUCAGAUAUGGUAACAAGGUACGAAUGGAUUAUGAAACAUAUAAUUUGUUUUAAACCCGAAGAAUUUGAUAUAAGUAUUUUAAAUCCUCCCGAAAAGAAGGACCUAGAUUUUCAGUGUGUCGUCGAAAACAGUAUUACAAUUUUACCAAUUACAAUAAAAAAUAAGAACAACGUUGACGUCCCCAUCAAGUUUUCCUUGUUACAGGAAGAACCAUCAGUAUUCAGCUUAGAAACUCUUAACGAGUCGCAGUAUGUAAUGCUUAAACCACAAGAAGUAUUCACUACAAAUAUUAAGUGCAAAGGUAUCUUAAAACAGAAUACGGAGGCGAAGCAACAGUCCUUGCAACGACAUUGUGGAAAUCUAAUAAUUCAAGCUGGAAACAAUUCAGAAAGUAUUGUAACAAUUGGCACGGUUCCACUUGUUGUGCAAGUAGGAACUUGCAAGAUACAAGUAAUCGAUACAGAAUUGCCUUUGGUUGUUCCUUGCAAACAAAGCAAACCACUGACUGUGAUCAAUCUUGGUACCACACCAGUAUUAAUAUCCGCCUCGUUUGUGCAAGAUAAUGACUCAGUGAAAAGCUUGAAAUACUUUUCAUUGCAACCUGAAAAUUUACUCGUUCAACCCAAUGAGACUGGAUGUUUUUUUAUUACUUACAAACAACAGAACUCGGACAAUUCAAAAAUAUACGCAAAGAUUAAAUUAACCGCUGCCAAUAAUGUUUAUCACUAUUCUAUAAUCGGCGAGUCAAAUCCGUCUACUGAAGCAGAAACCGAUCAUCUUCGUUGUGAAACGCCACAGUAUUCAUCAUCCGCAAGUUCUCCAUCGUCUCCACACAGUAUAACUUCGAACAAAUCUGGAAACUGCGGUCGAAAUUCUCCUAUCAGUACAGUGUCAGGUUCAACUGUUGCUGGGGACAAAAUUCCUAUAAGAACCACUCACGCUGCUCUGGUAUGGAGUAGUAUAAAAACAGGAAAAUCAGAUAUCAAGGAAUUCACCAUUCGUAAUACAAGCAACAACAAAAUUAGGAUUCAAGCUGUUAUAUCAGACAGCGAGAAAAAUUUCCGGUUUCUUCGAGAACGACAGGCUGUAGGCACCAUCGUAUUAAUUUUACAAGGUUUAGAAAGUAGAACACUAUCUGUUGUAUUUGGUCCCCACCAUUUAGGCGCAGCAACUGGGAAAAUAAUAUUUAGGCACUACGAACCUAGGAAAGAGGAUGAAUCCCGUCCCUCAAAAGUGUUAUUUCUCUAUGGCUACGGUGGUUACAGUAAAGUCGAGAUUUCUGAAGCAUUUAAAGAUACAAGUGGAAAAAUGUGGUUGUCCCUAGGUACUUUAAAUUCAGGAGGGUCUUUAAAGGCAAAAAUAAAAUUGCAAAAUACUGGAGAUUUGUGUUCAUAUGCAAAAAUAAAAUUAACACCAAAAGCUGUGUAUCCAACUAUGGUUUCAAGUUGGCAAGUAAAUCCAAGCGAAUUACUACUCAGUCCAAAGGAAACUCAGUGGGUGACUUUAGAAUUUUACCCGCGGAAAGAAGAUAUAGCGUUACUGCAGCGAUCCGAUGUGUCUCAUGUAGGCACAAUAUUAAUUACGCACGGGGACGAACCUACGCGUUGGCGAAUUCGUAGAUUAUACAACAAGAUGAAAGAAACUGGUGAAUUAAGUGGAACUGGGAACGAAGCAUUUAGAAACAUAAUUCAUCCGAUAUGUAUAGCCUUUCGCGGAGAACAAUUAAUCUCUGAUGUAAGCGCCAUUCGAGAUUCAGUGCAAAAUCUUGGAGACCUCUGCCGAGGAAUUCGUCAACAUGAGAUACUAUUAACAAUGGAAGCAUACGCCGAUGAAACUCUAUCAAUUCUUCAUGACAACGCCGAUGAAUCACAAAUGUUUUAUUCUCUCUGUAGUGAUAAUAGUCAUAUAUACGAAGGAAGCGGAGAAAGUUUUCUCCCCUCUGAAACGUUUAUAGGGAACAGCACACUUCAAAGUGAUAUGAAUACUGAUUUUAUGGUGCAUCCUUCAGUUAUAAUUUUAACUCCACCAUCAAAAACAGAAGCAACUGUGACAGUAAAAAGUUCUUGUAUCGUAGCGCAACAUUCGAAACUUGUUUAUCAAAUACGGAGUACUUAAGUGUUGUCCCUGCUGAAGGAAUGAUACCCACAAGAAGAGAUUUUCAGUUAAAGAUACAAUGUAAACGAAAAAUCGAACGCAACUUUGAUGCAACUCUUGAAAUUUAUACAGAGAAUAACAAAUUUGAUGUACAGAUAAAGGUUAAUGUUAAACGAUUGUAAAUUAAUGUUAAUUUGUUAACAAAUAUUUAUUAUAUAAAAUAUUCUGUAGUUUUGCAUUUUUAU